UUUGCAAAUUGGGUCCGGAUUUAGACCCGGAGCGAACCCGAUGACUGGGAGACACGUGGAACAUGAAGAGCGAAAUGCCGCAGCUGAAGGCUUUUCUUCGAGUGCUCGUCUGUCGGUUUUUGGAGAAGCACUGUAGCACGCCAGCGCCACUCCAGCUCGUCUAGGGCUUUUCAGCGGUCAAUAGCUGCUGCUGUUGGGCCUUCGACGGAGUUUGCGACGAUCUCCAGGGAUUUACGCGAUGGAAGUUCCCAUCAAUGGCGGGCUUCUUUACCAUGAGAUGCAGGAGAGCAAGCUUUGCGCCGUCCACUGUGUUAACACCGUCUUGCAAGGGCCUUUCUUCUCCGAGUUCGACCUCGCGGCUCUCGCGUCCGAUCUUGAUGGAGGGGAGCGGCAGAUGAUGCUCCAAGGUGUCGAUGGCGGUCUCUCUGGUGACUUCCUUUCCGAGGACUCGCACAAUGUGUCCAUGGGCGGUGAUUUCAGCAUCCAGGUCUUACAAAAAGCCUUGGAGGUGUGGGAUCUGCAAGUUAUACCCCUAGAUUCCCCUGUUGCAGAGCCAUCAAAGUAUGAUCCUGAAUUGGAGAGUGCAUUCAUAUGCCACUUGCAUAACCAUUGGUUCUGCAUUCGCAAGGUGAAUGGGGAAUGGUAUAAUUUCAACAGUCUCUACCCUGCCCCUGAACAUCUCUCCAAGUUUUACCUCUCAGCUUACCUGGAUACUCUUAAGGGCUCUGGAUGGAGCAUUUUCCUGGUGAGGGGGAACUUCCCCAAAGACUGCCCAAUCUCAUCUGAAGGUUCAAAUGGCUUUGGGGUAUGGCUUACACCUGAAGAUGCUGAGAGAAUCACAAAGUCGUGCAAUCAAAAUCCGGUCCCUACCCAAAAUGAGGGCUCAUCAGUGCCUUUGCACUCUACUGAAUAUGUUGGUGAAGAUGAGGCCCUGUUGAAGCAGGAAGAGGAUGAUUUAAAUGCUGCCAUUGCAGCUAGCUUGAUGGAUUCUUCUGCUUUCAGCAGUGGAGCAGGCAUCAUUCAAGGACAAAGUUGCUUGGUGGAGUCUCCCGCACCCUUGCCAGAAAAGAAUGCUAGCAGCACCGACCGUGACACUGUAAAUGCUGAGAUUGCUAAUGUUCAAACUGGUGAGCCUGAGGUUCCGAACUCAAGUUCUGCUUUUACUGUUGUUGAUGAACCUAUCAUCCCCAAAGACCACAAAAAACUGUGAGGCUUGUUUGUGUUAAAUUUUGAGGAAAUUUCAGAUGCCACCUUUUGACAGGCCAUUCUGUGCAUCAAUCCUAAGCUCUCUCACCCAAGACAAUGAACGUGGCCAGCUUAAAAGGUUUUCAGGGAAUGAAGAACACGCAUGUGUUUGUGCAUCUUUUGUUUUAUCAAAAGUUCUUUUUGUUGUAUUUUCUUGAUCGGAUUAUUGUUAAUUGAUUUCUCUAAUGUCAAAGCUCUUGUCUAUGCUUUACUAAGUUGGAUAUUAUUUAUUA